GUUUGUUGUUUGGAAGUUUUCAACACCGGAAGUAUGUUUUGAGCACAUGAAAACAAUUUUAUAAAUAUCAACAUGACUUUGAGAAACAAAUAAUCUGAAAUGGCAUACAACAGAGUUUUACAAUGGUCUGUUAUGACAAGAUCCUGGUGGUUAUAUGAUGCAGAAAACCAGUGUGCUUUUAAAUCAGCUCGUAAAAUUGUUGACUAUCUACAGGGAAAGCAUAAACCUAUAUACCACCCUCUUAGUGAUAUUGGUGACCAUGUUGUCGUAAUAAAUACUAAAUUAGUAGCCAUGAGAGACGACAGAUGGAGAAAGUUUACAUACCCUCACCAUACAGGCUAUGCAGGAGGAUUCUCCAGGGCAUCAGCAUGGAGAUUACAUGACAUGGAUCCUACAAAGGUUAUGUACAAAGCUUGUUAUCAAAGAAUCAAGGGAAACUUAUUAAGACCAAACAUCAUGAGACGGUUGCAUUUAUUUCCUGAUGAUAAUGUUCCUGAUGAAAUAAUGGCAAAUAUAAGUGAUCAGAUACAACAGAUACAGAUAGUACCUAAACAAUUAGAAGACUAUUCCCAGUUAGAGAAAGAUAACUUCCCAGAGAUAUUUGAAUGGCCAGAGAAAGAAAUGAUGCCAAAAAAGAAACAACCAGAACUUCUGCAAACUGAGGAUACGUGAAGGUUUAUCAAAGACUAGUGGAAUCUAGAAAUCUAUAUAUUUUAAAGAAUGUCUGUUGAAUGAUAGUUUUGAAUGUAUAAUUGUGAUAAAAAAGUGUUAAAAAUCAA